AUGGAAGCUGAAACUGCUAUUUUCCAACAAAUUGUUUUCACGGAAGCAUUAACUACACCUAAUUGGAGAAGAUAUUUUUCUUAUCUAAGCGACGCUGGUAUCGCGACAAUCGAAGAUUUUCUGGAGACUUCGAAUUCAAUACUAAAUGAGUUAGCAAAAAACAUCCCAUCAGCACCAUUAAAUCGUAUUAGAACUCUAAGAGACAAUCUAAUUAAGAUUAAAUCACAAUGUAACAACAGUUUCACUGAAGAACUGGGUGCAAUAUCGUUUUUUCAUCAAUUUGAAUUCAUUCCGCAUUUUACAUGUGAACAGUAUUUAGCAGAUAUUCCGAUGGAAAAUACUGAAUCGGAGAUCAGACAAGCCAAAAAUAAAAUUACCACUAUUGAUUAUACUGGCCUUACAAAAUAUCAAGCAAUUUUUAUUGCUCUUUACUGUCAAGAAGCAUCUAAUCAAAACAGAUCAUUUUACUACUUAACAAAUCAAUUUCUGAGAGAACGAAAUGAAAAAUUAAUUUGCAUGCGAUCUUCACUCUUCUUACUUGAAUCAGGACUACGUAGUUUACCAUCGAUUCGUGAAAUUACAUGGCGUGGAAUGAAUACUGCUCCAGAUCUUGGAAAAAUCAUUGUUGGAAAGACAAUUUGUUUUACAGGCAUAUGCAGCACAUCAAGAGACAAAAAUCAGACUCUAUGUUUUAUGAAUGUUCCACCGAACGCUGGACUACAUAAAAGGACUCUUCUGAAAUUAUAUAUGACACAUGGAGUAUCAAUACAACAAUGGAGUUGUUAUCAGUUUGAGAACGAAGUUGUAGCGUCAUUUUGUUCUCGCUGGAAAGUUUUAAGAGUCGAACAAAAUCGUGACGAAACUUUUGAUAAUGGAGUAUAUCAUUGUGAUUAUUAUAUUGUGUUACAUCAAUUAUCUAAUGAACCAUUAUUUCGUUCAGACACUGAAUUAACUGGUUUAUAUUUACUCAGCAAAAUUGAAUAUGAAAAACCAUCAGAUUUACAUGAGAAUUUCAAAGAAAAAUUCCUUGAUUUAUUCAAUCAACUGAAUGAUGCGACCGCGAAAGAUAUUUUAGAAUCAGUUCUAUCAAAUACUAAUUAUUGGAAUGAAGAGAAUAAAGGAUUCAAAAAUAAUCCUGAAAAUAAAGAAAUAUUUCAAGUAAUCACGCAUUUUCUUGAAGGUGUAAAGUCGCUUUCAAGUGAAUUUCAGCAUCAUGGUAUCAAUCUUCGAAAGGCAUUUGAAAUCUGUGAAAUACAUAGAAUUUAUGCUACGAUACGUUUGUUCUACGAAGAAGAUGGAGCAGAACGUACCAUAGAAGAUCUUCAACAAUUAGGAUUCGAUACUGAAUCUGCCAAGAAAAUCUACAAUCAAGAAUAUGUGAAACAAGAGUUACAAUUAGUGUACAAGAAAUUGAAUUAUUAUGGUACAGUUGAUUCACCACAAAACGUUUCCAAAUGGUUGUGUAAACUAAGACUGAACCAUUAUAUAAUGAGAGAUGGAGUCAUGGUUAGUGCAUAUGAACUAGCACAUGUGUCUGUCAAUGGUGCAAAACGAAUAUUUCCGAGAUUUCGUAAUCUGUUCAAUGGUUCUAUACAGUUCGAUAACUAUCGUUAUUUUGGUAAAUCUAUUGGCUAUGAAAUUCAAUAUUCAGAUUUCGCCAUUGCCGGAAUUAUAUUCGCUGUUCAAUUUGGUAUGCAUAGUGUCCAACUUUGGCAUGGCGAUAUUACAACUCGUCAGUUUAUCAAAUCAAUAGCUACAUCUGCUGUGUCUGUAGUAGCUGGAUUCAGUGGUGGAGCUACGGCAGGAUGGUUUGCAGCAGGUUGUGCAGGUCUGUUGGGGCUAGCUAGUUGGCCAGCGGGAUUAUUAGUAUUGGUUGGUACAGCAGCUGGUGGACUCGUAUGCGGUGGCGGUGCCGAUUAUGUAAUUAGACGUCUGAUGGAAAAAUAUUUUCCAGAUGGCGAAGCUGAGGAACUAAAUGCUCAACGUAAACUAUACUGUGCAGCUCUAACAAUACUUGCAUGUAAUCCUGAUAGUACGAUGAGAAAGAUUCAACAAGCAUACUAUCGAAAAGCACAAGCCACACACCCAGAUAAAUGUGAUAAUAAAGCAGUUGCUGAGGAAGAAUUCAAGAAAGUGACCGCUGCUUAUGAAAUUGCUAAGAAUUAUCAUGAAGUUUUGGAAAAUGCCUGUAAAACUUUAGGUAUUCCUAAUGAGUUUACUAUUGAGCAAGUCAAGAUGUGCAAAAAUACUGUCAAAAAUAAUGAUGAAUUAAAACGAGCGUACAAUAUUGUCUAUCGACACCUAGUUUAUAAUUCAAACAAAUGGAAGAAAAUAAGAAACUGGCUCGAUAGUGAUCAAAAUCUGAAACUAAACGAUUCAGCACCAUUGCCAAUAACAAAAUCAUAA